UAAUUAUUUUCUGUGAAAAAAAAAAAAUUGAAAGUAAAAUAGUAAAAUAUGGCAAAAUUACAAGUUAAUAAACCAGAGCAACAACAAUUUAAACUUGUACCAAAAAUAAUAAAUGGAGGUAUUGCUGGAAUUAUUGGAGUAUCGGUGGUAUUUCCAUUAGAUUUAGUUAAAACGAGGCUGCAAAAUCAAGUGAUUGGUCCUAAUGGACAAAAAAUGUAUUCUUCAAUGCUGGAUUGUUUUAAAAAAACUUAUCACGCCGAAGGAUACUUUGGAAUGUAUAAAGGAUCAGGCGUUAAUAUUCUCCUUAUAACUCCUGAAAAAGCCAUCAAGUUAACAGCUAAUGAUACAUUCAGACACCUUUUAUCAACUGGACCUGGAGAACCAUUGCCAUUGGUACGUGAAAUGAUUGCUGGUGGAUCUGCUGGUGCUUGUCAAAUAGUAAUAACAACUCCGAUGGAAUUAUUAAAAAUUCAAAUGCAAGAUGCUGGUCGAGUUGCCGCUGCUGCUAAGAGUGAGGGGAAAACAGUCCCUAAACAAUCAGGACUGUCAUUAGCAAAAAGUAUUUUCAAGAAAAAAGGUAUUCUAGGAUUUUAUCAAGGAACAGGUGCUACUGCAUUGAGAGAUGUCACAUUUUCAGUUAUUUACUUUCCACUUUUUGCUCGUUUAAAUAAUCUUGGACCUAAACGAGAAGACGGCUCAUCUGUAUUCUGGUGCUCAUUUUUGUCUGGGUGUGCUGCUGGUUCAGCCGCUGCAUUAACAGUGAAUCCAUUUGAUGUUAUUAAAACUCGAUUGCAAGCUAUCAAUAAAGCUCCUGGUGAGCCAACUUACAAUGGAGUUUUAGAUUGCAUAGGAAAAACUUUGAAAAAUGAAGGCCCAACUGCAUUCUUCAAAGGUGGUGCUUGUAGGAUGAUUGUGAUUGCUCCAUUGUUUGGAAUUGCACAAACAGUUUACUAUCUCGGUGUCGCUGAACGUCUUCUGGGCUUUAAUUAGACAAUAAUUUAUCAAAUGAAUACUGCCAUACUGUAACUUAUCAACUCAUAACUCAAUGAAUGACAAUAAUUGAUAUUAAUAUUUUCAAUAAGCUAGGACAAUAUAGUUAUAUUAAGAUAUAUUUUAAUUAAUGGAUAACAUUUGUUAUCUAACAUUGAUAUUUCUCUUUAUCGUUUAAUUUAGAUUUUUUUCUACAGCCAUUGUAUAGUAUAUUUUUUUGAGAUUUUUU